AUGCAUCAGGCUCUGCUUAUUUCCGAAAUCCUCUCGGAGAUAUUUGCGCAUGUGAAUGAGAAUCGGGGCUCACGGCAUGCUGGCAAGAAAGCAUCCCUUGAAGCGCUUGCCAGGACAUGCAAAGCUUUCUACGAGCCCGCGAUGGACUUGCUUUGGGCUGAUUUGGAUGGGAUAAUACCACUGCUAGGCUGUGUACCGAGGCUAUAUCGAUUGAUAUAUCCUAGUGGUUCAAAGCCGCUUACCUGGGACUGGUCUGAAGGAGUGGAACCAUUAUCUGAGCACGAAGCCCACCAAUUUCUGGAUCACGCCGCCCGUGUGCGCUCAUUAUGUAUAUCAUGCAGCGAGGAUCUCCACCUUUUCGCUGUACUCCCCAUCGAGACAUGCAUGUUUCCGAGACUGCUGUCACUGGCCUUUAUAGUUCGACGUCUUCAACAUAAAUACUUGUAUCUCUUUCUGUCCCCUACGUUGCGCCGUUGUGUCCUAUCAGUCAUUAAUCCGGAAUUGAAAUCUCUUGCAACUCGUUGUGCUGCUUUGGAGCACUUAUCUCUCAAGAUUCCUGAAUGGGAGCGGCAGUCAGCAGAUGAUCGAACCCUUCUGUCUGACAGUGUCCGUUUGUGCAAGCGGCUCGUAACUCUGUCCUGUCUGCCUCUCGACUGGGAAGCAUGGAAACACCUCUCCGACCUCCCUAGCCUUCUCAAAGUGUCAGUCCGUGAACCGCGCAGUGCUUCUCGUUGGUCAUUAAACCGGGAUAUAGUCAAUUUCGCACCUUUCCUCAACGUCACGACUCUUUCUUUCAAUGUAAACACGGCUGCGUACGCUAUCACGGUCAUGCAACAUUCAGAAUUCCCCUCGCUCAAAGAGCUUGAAAUGGUUGCCGAUGUUUUGCCUUGCGCAGAGGUUGAGCAACUCUGUCGUGCGCUAUCCCAGUGCAAAGCACAGGAGACCCUCGAACACAUUAGCAUAGCCUCCCAUGUUCCAAAAGUUCAUGAGCCCUCGUGCGACUCUUUGACAACGGUUACACAUCUUCUUUGUUUCACCCAUCUCCGGACUGUGCGGCUCAAUCUGCAUUACUGCAUCCACAUUGACAAUGACCUUCUUUUGGAAGUUAUGUCAAGUUGGCCGCACAUCCGCUCGCUGGAAUUGGUGGACUCGCAGAUGCCACCUGCAAUUACAUUCCGGGGACUAUUUGCAGCGCUCCCCCUGUGUCCCCACUUGCAUACGCUGCGCAUAUUAAUGGAUGCCGUGAAUAUCGAUAUCGAUCCUGCAGCCGAGAUAUUACAACAUACCACCCUACAGAAAUUGGACUUGACCCAGUCUGAUGUAGCGGAUGCAGAAGCUGUCGCUCGCAUCAUCUUUUUCGUCCUCCCUUGCGUCGACCGAAUUCUAACCCGGCGGGACCAUUGGAACGCCAGCAUGGUCUUCCAGAAGGAAUGGGACGAGGUCAACAAGCAUCUCAAUUAUCUUAAAUCUUCUGUGAUUGUUGGUUGCGAUAUCACACCAACAGUCGCGAAAUCCUGA